AUGUUCUUUAGCCUGAGAUGGUCUCUCAUAUCAAUCUGCAUUGGGGCAGCGUAUAUUAUUGGAUGCGAUUCAGGAACAGACCCAAACAGUUUCAGCAACAACAGGAUACUGCAAAAUGGCACUAUGGAGGAGAGAUUUACUUAUACAAAAAAAGCGAUACCACACAAUGUCACAGGCACCGUGCCAUUGGUCAAAGGUUUUGUCUCUACAGCAGUUGCUGUGAUUUGUUUUGGCAGUAAUUUUGUUCCAGUGAAGAAAAUUGAUACAGGGGAUGGUCUAUUUUUCCAGUGGAUUUUUUGUACUGCAGUAUGGGUUGUCUCACUAGUGGUACAUCUCAUUCAACAGUGUCCACAGUUCUGGCCUCUCACAAUGCUAGGUGGAUUUCUGUGGGCUACAGGAAAUAUCACAGUUAUUCCCAUAUUGAAAACAGUUGGGCUUGGCAUGGGAGUUUUAAUCUGGGCUACUUUUAGCCUUUUAAUGGGCUGGGCUAGUUCAAGGUUUGGCUGGUUUGGAUUGGAUGUCCAAAAAGUUCCAAGUCCUAUUUUAAACUACAUAGGAACAGCAUUAGCAGGUUUAAGUGGCUGCAGUCUUGCCAUGUGUGCGGGUUUACUGUACGGCUCCAGCUUUGUACCAGUCCUCUACAUUAAGAACCAUGCUGAGAGAAAUGAGACCGAGUUUUUUGGUGCAAGUCAGUUUGACAUGGAUUAUGUUUUUGCAUACUGCAGUGGGAUUAUUCUAACCAGUACAAUCUAUUUUCUCAUAUACUGUGCAGUGAAGAAAAACAAACCAAGUGUUUAUUCAACAGCAAUAUUACCUGCUUUCUUUUCAGGACUCCUGUGGGGAAUAGCAAACAGUGCUUGGUUUCUGGCAAACUAUUUCCUUGGUGCAGUUAUCACUUUUCCUCUUGUUACUGCUGGUCCUGCUGUAAUCUCGUUAACCUGGGGAGUGUUUUACUUUAAAGAGAUAAAGGGUUUAAAGAACUUCAUAAUACUGGGUGUCGUGCUUGCAGUUGCUGUUACUGGAACAAUACUCAUAGGAUUAUCUAAAAUAGAGGGAAUCGCCUAA